AUGCAACGUAAGGAUUACGUUUACCGAUAUGAACAAACAAAAAGCAAAGACUUGUGUAUUCGUGAUUGCAGUAUUACACGAUGCAAAGUUGAAAGAUGUUAUGUCGCUGGAUGUGGCGUGGUAUUUGCAAAGUCCACGGUGGAGGUAAAGGGGUGCUAA